UCCUCCCCAAAACCCCUCUCCUUCCACGCCCAUCCCACAUACUAAACUCUUAUCCACUCUCCCCCAACUCAAAUGCUCCUUUCCGUCUCGUCCUCCGAUCCCCUUCUCCUCCAUUCCCAUCCCCACCUCUCCUCCCUCCCCAACUUCCCUUCCUCCCUUCUCGUUUCCCCUCUGAUAACCCACUCCAAGCUCAAACCCAGAACCGUAAAACUCUCUAUCGAUGCAUCGAAUUCCCCCAACCCACCUUCUCCAGUACUCGAACCCACCACCACCCCCUCCCCCUCCCCUUCCUUCAGAACCAAACCCCACAAAGACAUCAACAUCCUCGUCACCGGCUCCACCGGCUACAUCGGCAAGUUCGUCGUCCGCGAGCUCUGCCGGCGGGGCUUCAACGUGAUCGCCGUCGCACGCGAGCGCAGCGGCAUCCGGGGCCGCAGCGACAAGGACCAGACCCUCCAGCGGCUCGCCGGCUCCACCGUCUGCUUCUCCGAUGUCACCGACCUCGACACCCUUGACCGCUCUCUCGAUUCCCUCGGCCUCCCCAUCGAUGCCGUCGUCUGCUGCCUCGCCAGCCGCACUGGCGGCAUCAAGGACUCGUGGAAGAUCGACUACGGCGCCACCCGGAACAGCCUCGUCGCCGGCCGCCGGCGCGGCGCAUCCCACUUCGUCCUCUUGUCCGCCAUCUGCGUCCAGAAACCUCUCCUUGAGUUCCAGAGAGCGAAGCUCAAGUUUGAAGAUGAGCUCGAGAAGGAGGCUGCUGAUGGGACUGGAUUCACCUACAGCAUCGUUCGCCCGACCGCCUUCUUCAAGAGCUUGGGCGGGCAGGUGGAGACGGUGAAGGGUGGGAAGCCUUACGUGAUGUUCGGCGACGGCAGGCUCUGCGCCUGCAAGCCUAUCAGCGAGGAGGACCUCGCAUCCUUCAUUGCUGAUUGUGUGAUGGAUGAAGAUAAGGCCUGCAAAAUUUUGCCUAUUGGCGGACCGGGGAAGGCAUUGACACCGUUGGAUCAGGGGGAGAUGCUGUUCAGGUUGCUCGGACAGGAGCCCAAGUUCUUGAAGGUGCCAAUUGGGGUGAUGGACUUUUCAAUUGGGGUUCUCGAUUUUCUUUCCAAAAUAUUUCCAUCGUUGGAGGAUGCGGCAGAGUUUGGGAGGAUUGGAAGGUACUAUGCAGCUGAGAGUAUGCUGGUUUUGGACCCGGAGACGGGGCAGUACAGUGCGGAGAAGACGCCGAGCUAUGGGAAGGAUACAUUGGACGAUUUCUUUGCAAGAGUGACCAGAGAAGGGAUGGCUGGUCAGGAAUUGGGGGAGCAAACCAUUUUUUAAGUUCUAUAAUGAAGAGUUAAAUUAGUGAAUUCCGAAAAAGGAGUGCAAAAAGAGCUCUCAAGAAUUUUGCAUUACAGGUGCCAUGCUAGUCCUGAUGAUGAGUUCACUUAUGUGACCUGGACAAGAGCAAAUUGUUCAGACUGUAAUAAUCAAAGAUGAUUUACCUUUGCAUGUUCUCUCUUCAAGGCUGACCCAACAACAGGUGAACCGCACUACAAUAUUUCAUAUCCUGUUCCAGUUGAUAGUACUUUCCAAUAGUUGCAAUUGUUCUCAUAGUUCUGUAUGCCAUAUAUUGGAGCUCUUGCUCAAAACUAUCGGCUACUACAGGCUUGUAAUGUUGACAGAGUUAGUUCUUUUAUGCUGAAGUUUGUGAUAGGCAAGACCUGUAUGUAUCGUAUGGAGAUAUAUCUCGUUCUGUUUAUUUUCUCCAAAAUAAGAAUAAACAUUUCCCAUGGCCACAA